UAAUUUAAAUAAUUAAAUUUUCAAAUUUUUAUUAUAUUAAAAAUAUAUAAAAAUUAAAUAUUUUUUUAUAAUUUUAAUUUUUUUUUCCGAAAUUCCAUUAAUAAAAAAUAUGAAUCCGAUAAGAUUUCAGCUGAUAGUAUGUUUGUUGUGCUCUUACAAUGUCGUCAAAAAUGUCGGGGCUCAAACUGUUAAGUACGGUUACGAUCAACAACAAGCUUUGGAUCCGAGAUACACUCAACAACCAACCCAGAUCGGGAGACAAUUCAUCCAAUACUACAACGGAGUUCUGCGGAUCAACAACAGGGAAGUCCCCAGAUGUUUUUGGUGGGACAACGGAAAAUUUUUCGUCAAUCAAAAUACCCGAAACGAGAUCGUCAUCAACGGAAAGCGUAUUCCGGAUUACUUUACCAGGUUAGGUUACCAGGGUCAGCCUCCUCCAUGUUCGGAAAGCAGUCCAGGAUACGGAUACGAAUACGGAUCGGGUGCAUCUAGCUCGAUUAUCUCGGCCACCGGAAUUUGCGUUAAGAUCGCGAGCGGGUUGCUGGCAUGGCUGUUAGGAUCGAGAUUCAAACUUAUGUGAACAAAAAUGGGAAGAACAAAAACAAAUCAAAAAAGAAUCAAUAUAAUUUAAAAAAAACCAGCAUAUUAUUAAUUAACUAGUAUAAUUAUUUAUACAUUUUAUUUUUUCAUUUUCUCUCUCUAUUUAUAUAUAUAUAAGAUGCUAGAUGGUAGGUUUUAUAUUACAAUCUUGUAAUCUAUGCACUUACACGUCCUCAAAUUAUUUAUUAAAAUUAUAUGUAUAAACUACUA